AUGGGUUCUCGAAUCCCGUCACACCAGCUCAGCAGUGGUCUCUACGUCUCGGGUCGACCCGACCACCUCCCCAAGUCCCCCCAACCCACAAUGUCCUCUCGCGCCGUCCCCUACACCGGCGGCGACAUCAAGACCUCCGGCGAGCUCGGCAAGAUGUUCGACCUCACCACCACCCCCACCACCCUCGACCCCACCCUAACCCCUCGUUCACGUCUCUCCUCCUCUUCCCAGCACAACAGCGGAUCCGUCCGAUCCGGCCCAAACUCCGGCCCAAUCCUCCACCCCACCGGACUCAUCACCUCCGGCCCGCUCACCUCCUCGGCGGGCCGUCGCUCCGGCCAAUUAGACCCCAGUGUUUCGAUUCCAAGGGCCGCGUACGGCUCGGCCGUGACGAAGCUGGGCGACGACGCGAAGCUAGGGUUUAACGUGUCGAAGCCGGUAAUGUGGGUGGUGGUUGUGGCGGCGGCGAUGGGGUUGCUGGUCGGAGUGUUCUUAUUGUUGGCGGUGAAGAAGGCGGUCGUGCUAGUGUCGGUUGCCGGAGUUCUGGCGCCGGUGGUAGUUGUGUUGGUUUGGAAUUUUUUUUGGAGGAGGAGAGGGUUGUUAGGGUUUUUCAGGGAGUACCCGGAUGCUGAGCUUAGAGGUGCUGUUGAUGGGCAGUACGUCAAGGUCACAGGGGUUGUCACUUGUGGCAGUAUUCCUCUAGAAUCAUCUUUCCAGAGGGUACCGAGAUGUGUAUAUAUUGCCACAGAAUUGUACGAAUAUAGAGGAUUGGGUGGGAAAUCAGCAAAUCCUAAGCACCGAUUCUUCUCGUGGGGAUGCAGACAUGCAGAGAAAUACGUAGCCGAUUUUUACAUUUCCGACUUCCAGUCUGGGUUGAGGGCUCUUGUAAAAGCAGGCUAUGGAGCUAAGGUUGCUGCAUUUGUCAAACCAACUACAAUAGUUAAUACAACAAAGGAAAACCGAGAGCCAUCUCCUAGCUUUCUACGCUGGCUUGCUGACCACAGUCUCUCUAGCGAUGAUCGAAGAAUGCGUCUCCAAGAAGGGUAUAUUAAAGAAGGGAGCACGGUGAGUGUUAUGGGGAUUGUCAGACGCCACGAUAAUGUUCUCAUGAUUGUUCCUUCUCCCGAGCCUGUCUCAGCAGGCUGUCGGUGGGCCCAGUGCCUCCUCCCAACAUAUAUCGAAGGCCUCAUUUUGACGUGUGAUGAAAGUGAAGCCACCGAUGUGAUUCCCGUGUAGAUAUGACAUGUAUAUUGUACUUCGUUUCAAAUCUCUUUUGCUACUGGCCAUGAGUAAAUAUUAGAAGGUUUAAUAUGGCAAAAACAUCGCUCAAUGCCUUUAAGCAACUGUAUGUAAAACGGCAUUGAAGAUGCAGACUUGAAAUCUUAAGAUCAAAUAGUGAGGAUAGUUUCCUCAUGGAUUUAUCUGCUUUGUAGUUCCAACGGAGAUCAAGAGGGGCUUACAAAGGAUGAGUUCCCCCGCUUAGAGAAGCUAGGAAAUGUUGUAUUGUGAUUAUACCACCGAAUUUGUUUUAGCUGCUAUUUGCGUAAAUAAGAUGACAAUAUAGUUCUUAGUCUUCUA